AUGGAACUUCUCGACGGCCUUCUCCUUGUUCCUCCGGACCGAAACCACAUUCUCUCCAAGGCGCAAUGGAAGACCCGAUAUAUCCUCGUUGGCAGACGGACUGCAACCAACAAGCAGAAAGACCGACGAUUUGGUAACGGUACCGGGACAAAUGCGUCUGAUCCAAAACCUCUCACCAAGGUGUAUACCGACGAAUACUGCAUCUCCCUCUUCAAGUCCAAAGACGAUGUGGAACCCGCCUAUCAGUGGCCCGCGAGCUGCGUCCUCGAUUGUCAAGUCCAAAUGCUUUCCUACCGCAAGCAAGGGCCUAUCCUGCCUACACUUGUUGUCACCAUAACCGACAAGGAGCGAAAGCGCCGCUCCAGUCGAUCUGUGGGUUUGAUGGCGAGCAAAGAGGCCGGCACCAGUACUCUGUGGUUUCGAACGCUGCCAGACGAUCACAACACCAGCCUUCAUGACUGGGCUCAGUUUAUCUUGGCCAAGAAGAACCCCAUGGCGCAAGAUGGAAACACUACGCCGGUAUUUUCGAGCCCUUUCAGCCCGCGAAGCCGCGAGGCUCCAGAGUACUUUACCAGACCAGGCAGCGGAAAUCAGAACCAAGCGAGCGGCAGUCGUCCAGAUGUGCGGCCUCUACAGCACAAGAGCUCCGGCGCUACGCAUUCAACGGGGACUCGCGAACGGCCCGCCACCUUCAGCUCCGAUUCACCGAGCCUGCGGUCCAAGCGUAGCGACAUCUCCUCGCCAUCUAGCAUCAGCCAGCACCCUAUCCAGAAGGCAUUUGGAGUUCCUGGCCAAAUCUAUACCGGGCCGAUGCAUGGCGACGCAGGGUUGCCUGCUAUCAGAGACUCGGUUUACCAGGGAGAGCUGAUUGAGGGUUGGACGGCGGCUCAGGGGCGUUCCUCUACACUCAGCUCGCCUACGCGUGGUAGCGAGGCAUUGGGAUCGCCAAUGGAGGCGCCCCUGGGCUUCGACGUCCACGCGCCACCUGCCCCUGGAGAGACGAUCCUCGAUAGGGCAUUCCAGCUGGGCCAUAUUCCAUGGGCCGGAUCCAACGUCCCAGGCCAGGAGACGUUCAGUUCCAUCGCUCGCUUCGAUGCUCUCAUGCACGAAGUAGAGGGCAAGCGUAAGCAGAGAGAAGCGAAACAGCGGGCGGAGCGGGCGGCUGUGCGCAAUACGUAUAAUCCCGAGGUUGCGCCUCUUGACUUGGACGAGGAUUUCGAUUCAGACGACAACGCACAUUCUGCAGAUGAGCAAGACCUUGGCUAUGACAGAAGCCCAAUCAUUUCCCCCUCGGCUCAAAGAGCAUUAGCUUUCAUUGCAGACCGACAUGGGGAUUCACCCAGGGAACCUGGAUCGCGGCGUCCCACCAUCUCUAGGGCUCAUUUGAGCUACCAUGCCGGCACGGCGAUGGCGGCACCGCCGACUUCUCAAUCCCCCCCUUCACGACCACACACGGCCCACGCCAAGAGCCGCCUCAACGCAUCGCAGAGGACCCAGAGCACGCCUCACUUGAACCCAGUCUCUGCCGACAGGGGCGCCGAAGAUGGUGUUUCGCGAAACGCCGACCCAGACAACCGCCGUUCCGGCUCUAGUUCCAAAAGGUUGAGUUUCUCUGAAUUCACCAGAAGGCUCUCGAGCACCAGCAGCUUACUGGUAGUCCAGACCAACACCAGCGGAGACAGCCGCCGAGCAAGCGUCGCUGAGAUGGAUUCCCAGCAGCCCCUCAGCGCGCGACGGGCCGACGUGAGCCACCGCGAUACCGUUCCUCCACCCAGGAGUCGAGAAUGGCAGAAGCAAGAUCGACGCUGCCCCUGGCGCAACAGCGUUGGUGUUGUUGGUCCCGAAGGCGGAUUUCUCUGA